AUGGCUAUGGCCAAAUGGCCAAGGGUCAACACUGUAUUAGCACUAAAAUUUAAAAUAAACUUAAAAAUAAUGCCGAAAUCCGACUAUCCUCUUCCUCCUAAUGUAGUAUGUCUUCGUGAAACCAACCAAAUAGAAGCCUUGUUAACCAUGAUUCGAGACAAAACAACGAAUCGUGGUGACUUUAUAUUCUAUUCGGAUAGAAUUAUUAGGUUACUUGUGGAAGAAGGGUUAAAUCAUUUACCUGUGGUGGAAAAAACUGUUGUCACCCCAACAAGUAAUGAAUUCAAAGGUGUUGGUUUCAAGGGCAAAAUUUGUGGUGUUUCUAUUAUGCGUGCAGGUGAAGCUAUGGAACAAGGCUUACGCGAUUGUUGCAGGAGUGUAAGGAUCGGAAAGAUUUUGAUACAACGUGAUGAAGAGACGGCACAACCCAAGCUUUAUUAUGCCAAAUUACCUCCGGAUAUAGAAAGUCGAUAUGUUCUUUUGUUAGAUCCAAUGCUUGCUACUGGUGGAUCUGCUAUUAAAGCCAUAGAAGUAUUAUUAUCUCAUGGAGUAAAAGAAGAUAAAAUAUUAUUUUUGAACUUAAUUGCUGCUCCUGAGGGUAUUGAUGCUGUUACGAAAAAAUAUUCCCAACUUAAACUUAUAACGGCCUGUAUCGAUAAAGGAUUGGAUGAGAAGAAAUAUAUUAUACCUGGUUUAGGUGAUUUUGGUGAUAGAUAUUUUACACUUCCCUAA